GGACUGUGAUUUUCUUUCUGUGAUGUCAUGAUCAGAGUCCAACCAGAGCUAUUCAGAGAUAUUCUGGUUGAUGAAGAAAUGGAAACUCAGUAUCACCAGUUUGGGUUGCCUGAGAACAGCUCUAUCCAAGGAGGGCACAAAAUGACUAAACCAAUAGGUUUGAAGAGGAUUGGGGCUUAUGUCCUCUAUGCAGUUGUGGUGCUGCUGCUGUUAAUCCUACUGAUGGUCACUGGAAUAAGAUUCUCCCAGUUGAACAAGGGAAUCACUGAUGUUAAACUUCAACUUGAGAGAAUCAAUAAUGGAGGAACGAUGUCAGCAUCCAAACCAGAUGCAACAACUGUACUGGAUGUCUACCUACAGGCACUUGUCCCAGUUAGAGGAACAUGUAGGGAAGGAUGGGUGUCUUUCCAGAGUAGCUGCUACUUGCUGUCCACCACUGCUGUUACCUGGCACAAAGCAGAGGAGCAGUGCCGAACACACGGAGCACACCUGGUGGUUCUCAAUAAUGUGGAGGAAUUGGACUACAUUUCAAGAAUAGUUGUAAUCAGAUACGAAUAUUGGAUUGGACUUGUGGAGCGAGAACACGAGGGACACUGGAGCUGGGUGGAUGGGACAGACUUCAAAUCAACCCCAACUUUUUGGGACAUAGGUCAGCCUGACGACUGGGACUACAGGGAGAACGGAGAGGACUGUGGGCAGCUUCAUUCUUCUCAGAAACGCAAACGCAAGUUGUGGAAUGAUGCAGACUGUAACCUGAGGGAGCGGUACAUCUGUGAGACCAGGGCAUGAGAAAGAGAGAGGCCCUUUCAGAGCUGCUAAACCCUCACCGACAUGACAAGCCUGAUAUGUUGAAAGAUAAUGGAAAUGAUGUUUUCAAUUUACAUGUGUAAUUAUGAGUGCAUGUUACCAAAAGUGCUAAAUGUUGCAUAUAGAGAACAUGUGUGGUGCUUUUGUUGGACAAUAAAACAAUGACUAUAAAUGCAA